GUCAAUAAUGAAAUUGAAAAUGAAUGUUUGUUUACCAAAAACCGAGGAGAUGAUUUGUAGAAAUUGUCAACUUUACAAACAGAUAUUAACUGCUAAAGGAUCGUUGUGACUGGGUGCAAUUCUUCGUGAAAAAAUGGUGACCGUUAUAAAUAAUCAAACCAUCUUGGAAGAGCAUUAUGAUGAAGAUUUUCAGCCAUCCGAGGAAGAAAUCUUGGAAUAUGCAAGAGCUAUUGACAUCGAUCCCGAAAAAGAAAAAGAGUUACUGUGGAUUGCAAAAGAAGGCAUUGUGGCUCCUCUGCCUCCGGACUGGAAACCAUGUCAAGACCCCAAUGGUGAAAUUUACUACUUUAACUUUGCAACUGGAGAGAGUAUCUGGGAUCAUCCUUGCGACGAAUAUUACCGAAGGCUGGUGGCGGAAGAGAGGAAGAAAAAUGAGUCAAGUGGUGGGACUACUGCAAAGAAAGUUGUUGUUGAGAAGAGGAAUUCCAAGAAGAAGAAAGACAAGAAAACCAAGUCUUUAAAUUUCCCUGAUAAGACGAACAAAGGUCCUGGGUCUUCUCUUGGUCCGCUGAAGACAGAAACUCUGGCACCGUUACGAGGGCAACCAGGUUUAGGUGGAUCUUUACCUUCUCCUGUUGGCGCGCUUAAGCCACUAAAUGGUUCGUUAGGAACAACUUUGGGUGAUACUAAAGGAAAUCAAUCCUCAAAUAACAAGUCACUUGGAAGUCUUAAACCGCUUUCGUCUUCAAAUGAUUUUGAAAGAACAUCAACGAGCACUAACAACAUGACAUUGAGUACUGGUGCUGGGGAGAAAAUCAAUCUCAUGAUGGAUUUUCCAGAUGACGAUAGUCAGGAAUCACCAAGAUUGGAUGUACAUCUGGACACAAAUGAUCUUGAGGAACUGGGUUAUAAAAAAACGGCCAGGUUUAACUUGGAUUCGUAUGAUCUCAAAAAUCUAAAUUACGAGGACCCAAAUGAAUCUAGCGACGAAGAUGACUCCAAAAUCUUGAACCCUUCUUCAAGUAAUCACGAGGACAGCGAUGACGAUGGCGAAGUCGACUUUGGUAUUAAUCUGGCAUUAUCUGAUCGCUUGGAAAAGAUGAGUGCUGAUUUCUUGAUGCCAGCGAGGAUCGAUAACAAGGAUAAUAAGGAUAACGACUUUUUUCGUAACAGCGAUUCAAGCAUGGAAGCUUUAAGACAACUGAAUCUGAAAGAGAAAAAAGGUGUAAAGAAUGACAUUGAAGAUGAAAAUAAACUGGACACUAAGAAGAAAACGAAACUGCCGGAAGCGAGACCUACGAAAAAGCUGAAUAUUCCUGACGAGAGUGUUCAGAGCGAGGACGAGUCAUUAGAUAAAAGUUUACGUACAGAAAAGAAGGAGGUCAUUGGAAAACUGAGAGUGGAUUUGGAAAAAGAGCAAGAGAGGGAAGAGAAGAACAUUCGAGAUGAAUACGCGAUAAAAAUGAAAGAACUUCAGUUGAAAAUACGCGACGAACAUUUAGAGGAAGAAGCACGUCUUCAGGAAGGAAUGGAGGACGCUAUCAGAAAAAUGAAGGUGGAAAUUAGUCGACAGCAGAAAGAGGAGGAAAAGAAAUUGGAGAAGAAAAAAAUCGACGACCUCGAAGAAUAUAGAACAAUGUUAAACAAUGAAAGAAGAAAAGAAGAAGAUGAUAUGAAAGAACAAAGUGAAAACGAGAUGAACAAACUCAAAGAGAAAUAUAAGUCGCAAGAAGCGGCCGAGAAAAGGAUUUUGGAAAAAGAACAUAAACAGAAAAUCGAAGAAUUGCGAGAAAAGCUGGAAAAGGAGAAGGAUUGUACGCUCGAAGAAAUGCAACAACAACAUCAGUAUGAAAUACAACAAGUGAAGUCGGAGAUUGAAGAACAGCACGAAAAGGCAAUUCAGGAGUUAAAAGAUGAACUCGAGCGAAAUCAUGAAAACGAGGCGGAAAACAUAAAGAAUGAAAUAAAAACCAACCAAGGAAACCAACAGCUUAAAGAUAUUCAGAGAGAUCUCGAGAGUGAAAUUGAACUAGCUCGAGGAAAGCAUGAAAAAGAUCUUGCCUUGUUGAAAACAGAGCACGAGUCGAGAAUAUACAAGGCGAAGCAAGAGUUCAAAGAAAUGGAAAUGAAACAACAGUUUGAACUGAGCGAGCGACUUGAGAGGGAAAAGAAAAAUUUAGAAGAUCUCAAUGAACUUGAAAUUGAAAAAGUGAAAGAAGAAUUUGAACAAUGUCGUUCAACGCAGAUUGCUGAAAAUGAGAGACUGGAGAAGCAAAUUGCAAUUCGCAGAGAAGAAAUUCAAAAGGAAUUAUCAGGCGUAGACUUGGAAAGACAGCAACUCAGUAUCGAAUCUGAAAACGGCGAGGCUCUAAGACUUCAAAACCAGAAGCUUAAAGGAAAAAUUACAGAGCAAAAUGAGAAUUUAGAAAAGUUGAGAAGAAUCAAGGAAGAAUUACAAGAAGAAAUUGAUAUACUUAAUGAAGCGAAGGGAAAGUUGCAGCGUGAUACGAGUGAUUUGGAAAGGCUCCUAUCUUCAUUAAAACAUCAAACAGAAGUCCAGUCUAAAGUACAACCUAAAAGAGCGAAAAAUGACACAGAAAGAAUGUCGAAAAGCUCAGGUGGUUUGUCGUCUGAUGGUGAAAAUGAAGAAGUUGAAGAUAAGAGGCUUCAACUGGAAGAAUUGAAUGAUAAAACGUUAACACCAGGAAUUAAAGAACCAAUAUUGGCCUCCACAGCCCAAAAUGGCGUAGUGUCUCCUGCAGAAGAUGAAAAGCAUUUGUCUACUAACAGAAAGCCUCCAGAAGCGUGGCCCGAAAGAGAUGUUGCAGAUACAGCAUUAGAGAUGGAAUUUCUUAAAAGUCAGAAGAAAGUAAAUCGCGAGCAAUCAAAACCGAAAACGGAAUCUUUGUGGAAACGAUUUGAAGACGAAGAGAAUGCUAUAGUCAGAGCAAAGGCAUUUUUGAAGAAUAGAUCCAGCACGUUGCACGAGAAAAAGGGUUAUCUUGAAACCGCUAGUAACACUGUCAGGAGUAGAGGAAGUAAUAAGUUAUCACGUGAUCUCGAGGCAUCAAUGUUGGAUGAUAUGAAACAUAAACUAGACCAGGAAGAAGAAGAGAUAACGGAAGCCUUAUAUCACAUGAGCGCCGGGGAAAAUCUUCUCCGUCAGAAGGAGGAGCGAUUGAAGAUGUUGGAGAAUACGUUUGCUAAUGAUUUAUCCAGCACGUCUACCGACAGUGACUCAGAACUUAGACGAUAUGAAAGUAGACAACCUGUAUAUCAUGAAAGAAACGUCCGGAGACGAGGUUCUCGACGAGAUUACCACGAUAGGCGACGAGAUCAUCAAGACAGAGGACGAGAAAGAGCAUUAAAAGAUCAUCAUAAUGGGCAUAAUAGAAGAGAACGUCGUUCUCACGAGCCGGAGAGUUACAAUUCCGAAACAAAUGAACAUCUAAUGUCUUCAAUAAAAGAUAUAAAUAACGAACUCUCCCGCAUUUGGUCUUACAUGACGAGUAUUUACCAAAGAGCUGAACCCAGCGAUGCGAGACCAAGCGACCUACGAAAAACUACAGCGAGAAAUAGAACUGAACCUGCGGAGGUUGCGAUGGAAAAGAAAUGGAUGAAUUACUUCGGAAAUAACUCCGGCCUCAACUCUCGAUCAACAACACCUCGUGGUCCUUCUGAUCUUGCAUACGCAUCUCUAAGGGAUCAUAUUUAUCCUCAUCGCCAGGAACCACGAGCUGAGGAAAAGGCGGGAAGUCAUAAUGAAUGGUUGAGAAAAUUUCAUUCAGAAAUACAUCUUACUUCCAGACCUGAAAAUCAGAAUUCAACUUCAAAAUACAGAAGAUUUGACCCUAUGGAAAUAUUUUCUGACUCCAGGCCACAAAGUCGGUUAAGUGCAUCAUCUUGGCCUAAAAAGUUUACCUUGGACGAUAUGGGUGAAGUAAAGUAUUUUUAAGAAAAUAUUUAUGAAUAAUGUGUAGAUAUUUGACAUUUUUAACGGAAACAUUUUAU